CAACAGAGACGAUGAAGAUAUUAUUUCUCGGUAGGCGGUGCUUAAUAAGCAAUUAAAGUAGAAUAUGAAGAAAUAAGUUUAAAGGCAAAUGCGCUUGGAGGUGCUCGAGUUAAAAGAUUAAACAUUUGCUGGUCUCUUUCGACGAGAUUGUGGUCUGAACUGGUGGUUGCUUCAUCAUCUACAUUCAUUAAAUUGCUAAAAUAUAAUAUUCUGCACUUUCCUAACAUUUUAAACCUGCAAAUUUGAAAGAUGAGUGACCGAAGAGCUAGACGAGGCGGAGAUGACGAUGAUGAUUUAGCCAAACAACGUGAAAAGCGCAGGCUUGAGCGUGAAGAACGGCGAAAGCAACGUGAUGUGGAAAAUAACGACGCUGAAGCUGAAAGGCAGCGACAGAGAGAAGAGAGACGAAGAAAAAGAGAAUCUGGAGAAGAUUCAAGCUCUGCAAGAUCUCGAAGGCAAGAAGAAGAGAUGAAAAAAAUGAAAGAGGAGGAAGAGCGAAAGAAAAAGGAACGAGAAGCUGAGGAAAGGAGACGAAAAGAGGCAGAAAAACAAGCACAAGAAGCAGAGGAAGAGGAAGAGGAAGAAGAAGAAGAGGAGGAGGAAGUAAAAGAGAAAGUAAAUGUUCAAAUUUCUCCAGCGAAGAAGAUUUCUACCGAUGGUCCUAAAACUGCCUUUCAUAAGAUUAAUGAUGACCGCAAACGUCGAAUCAUUGAUUCUUUGAUUGAUCGUCUGUAUGAGCUUGCUGAAGAACGAGAUGCCAAGAACAAGCCUGACAAUAAAAGUGCAACAUCUGGUGCAUCUAGUACAGAUAUGGCGUCUCUUGAUUUAAAAGUACGCUCACUGCGCACUCGUUUACGCAACGCAGAAAAUUGUACUGAAACUCUUGCGAAGCAAGAAAAAGAUUUAAAAGCAAAGAUUGAAGCCAACCAUCAAGAGGUUAAUCGUCUUCGUCAAGAGUUUGCUUCUGCAGAGGCAGAGUACAAUGAAGCAAUCAAGAAUGGUGCUGUUGUUCCCGCAGCUCCAAAACGAGGAAGGACUGGUGGUGCUGGAAAAGGUGCUGGCUUCUUUGACAUUGUUAAGAAAGCCCAAUCAUCUCUUUGGGAGGAUAAAUUCGAGGCAUUUAAAGCAAAGCAACGUGGAACUGCACCAAGCCAACCAAUGUGGGUUAACAAUCUACGCAAGAGUGACAACAAAAUUGGAACAACGGUGAUGAAACGUGAUGAUCCUGAGAAAAAGAAACAUGAAAAAGCAUCAUGGCAGAAUCAAAACAAGCUUCAUAAAGCAGUCAUUGAUCCAAGGGCAAAGAAAGAAAUAGAACCUGCAGGUGCAAAAAAGCCCGCAUGGUCUGGUGUGUCAUUGAAAAAAGCUGAAAAGAAGUAAAUGGACAAUGGUGAUUUUGAAUUUAUUUCAAGCAUUGCACAUUCAAAAAAUUGAAGAGUAGGAGGAAAUCAUAUCAAAAAAUAAAACCUUUUAAAUUUAUGCUCAGUUCGUUAAAGUUAUUUAGAUUCCAUGCAAAAACCUCGUUUUUUUCGGAUGAACUUUUGCAACUUUUACAUUUGUACAAAUAUCUGGCACUUUAACUUUAGGCACUUUUCUUUGGCUUGAUAAAAAGUACUAAUAGAGUAGGAGCAGAUAUUUUUUGUAGGCAUCUGAAAAGGUCUAGUUUUGCGUUCUUCUUGUUAAGACUUUUGUUUUGGCCAUGUUCAAAUGGGUCACGUCUUCUUGCACUAAAAAACACUGUGUUUUUUUGCAAUUCAAAAUUAUUGAGUUCUAAUACAAAUUUGUCGAAAGGUAUUUUCGAAUCUUCUUCCGAACGAGAGAAACCAUGCAUGCACAAAAGCAAGAAAAUUUAAAUUUCAAAAUGUUAUAAUGCAUUGCUAACCUAAAUUGCAAAAUAUGUUUGUUGUUGCUGCACUACAAAGUCAGCUGCAGUUGUGAAUAGCAAAAAAGCUACGAGAAAAACUGGAAAAGAAAGUGCUGCCUAAUUUCAGUGGUUAUUCACAGAUAAAGAGAUAGAUUUUUCUUCUUUGCUUCUGGUAUCUGUUGCACUCUGUGUUUAUAGAGCCAGUUUGUCAAAGUAGAUUGUUAAUUUCAUAAUUAUGGAGGUUUGCCGUUGAUGCUGAUGAAAAAACUUGCUUAGACUUUAGCAAAGCAAGAUUAGAGUGAGUUAGUGAACAAAUAUAGCACAUUUGCGAAUAUCUGUUCAUCAGAAAUAUGAGACAUUUUUCUUCCAUCCGGACGGUUAAUAUAUGUCAUGUCAUAUUGCGCUAAAAAACUCUGUGCUAUUAGCAAUUCGUAAUUAGUGAGUUCUAAUAUAAAUUUAAAAAAGGUAUAGUUAGGAAUCCUUUUCCUAACGAAACAAAUAAUGCAUGCACAAACGCAAGGGAGAAUUUAAAUUUGAAAAGGUGAAUUUUUUUUUUGCAAGAAUGUAUCUACAAGCAUUUGUUAACACUGUUUUUGUGUCUUUCUCAUAUAAUAAGUAAUAUAAAUGAUGUGAGGAAAAGAAUCUCUGCUAACGUGGAUGUCUAAAAAUUAUCAACAUUAUUAAUGGUUGUAUCAUAUUGUUAUUUAUUCAAUUUCUCUUAACUAACAUUUUCUUGUUGUUAAUGAAAUUAGUAUGUAGGAAUGGACUAUUACAAGCACAGUGCACCCUAUUACUCAGAAUUUAUAAUGUCAUUUGCAUGCAGUUUUAGCUAACGUAAAAGUUAAAUAAAUUAACUGUUUCUUUCUGUUA